AUGGCACAAGUUCACGAGAGUUCCAACAAUGACGCUACUGCUCCGGUUCCCAAUCAUUUGACCACGACGUCACUGUACAUCGGAGAUCUCGAUCAUGACGUCAAUGAUUCGCAGAUUUACGACCUUUUCAAUCAGAUCGGUCAUGUUGUUUCUGGUAAUGUUAUGGGUGAGAAGGGUCCAAUUGAGGAAAAUAAUGUUAAUGAGGAAGGGAAUGCUGACAUGGCAAAGAAGAAGGAAGUGAGGCGCAGUAAUAGAAUCAAAGGAAAGCAUCCAAGGUGGACCCAGUUUGUUAGUGAGUGA